UUUUUCUUAUUUUUGUAUUUUUGUUAAUUCUGAUUUUUGUAUUUUUUGUAAUAUCUUUAAUAUUCUGAUUUUUAUUUUUGGUUAUUAUGAUUUUGUAUUUUCCUAUCGGUGAUGUUCUGAUUUUUGUAUUUUAUUUGUUCUGAUUUUUGUAUUUUAUUUGUUCUGAUUUUUUGUAUUUUAUUUAAUUCUGAUUUUUUGUAUUUUAUUUAUUCUGAUUUUUGUAUUUUUAAAUUCUGAUUUCUUUUAUUUUAUUAAUUUUGGUUUUUGUAUUUUUAAAUUCUGAUUUCUUGUUAUUAUUUUAUUCAGAGUUUCUUCUUAUUUUAUGUCUUUCAUUUGUGUUUUCCUUUUAUGUAUUUUCUCAUUUAAUAUUAAAAUUAAAAUACAUUUUUCUAAAUUUGUAUUUUUUCCCUUUUAAUUUUCAGAAUUAAUAAAUUAAGCAACCUUAUGAUUUUUAAUUUCAACAAUAUUCUCACCAUUAAAAUUGAGGCAAUUUGUGGUUGUCCCUGCUGUUCUUGUCCUUGUCCUUGAUUAACAGAAUUUUAUCUUUAAAAAGAACAAGAUGCACUUUCCCUUUUACGAUUCAAGCGAUCUUUGCGAAAUUAGUUCAAAUGAGAAAAUUGAAGAAAAGGAUGAUGAGCAAAAAUCGAAUCCUAUUAAUUUUGAUGUGGAAAUUGAUACAGAUACGGUUAUUGUAGGAAAUGGCCCAGCAGGAAUUUCCCUUUCUGCAAUGCUUGCAGGAUGGCAUCCAUUCUAUAACAAUUCUGUUGGGUUUGGGUUCCGAAGCCUUUCGAGGAUUAUACAAAUUCUACUCUUUAAAUAA